AUGGAAACGGCGUCUCGGCUGCAAGUGCCCUUUGUGGCAGCUGCAGUUUCUCUCGGCUGUAUCCUUACGGUGGCUGUUGUAUUGCCAGUCCUGCAUAUUCAGCUUAACAUGGCACAAGCAAGAUUGCAAAAUAGAAUGGACUCCUUCAAGCAUACCGCACGUAACAUCUGGCAGGAUAUUGUCCUCGUAAAAAGUCACGGAAGAAUUCGUCGUCAAGGUUAUGGUGGUUACGACGCCUCUAUCGAUAAUCAGCAGUGCACUUCUUGUGUCCAACUGCAGUGCCCACCAGGACCGCCAGGUCCACCUGGGGUAAAUGGUGAACCUGGAAUGGAUGGUGCACCUGGUCGACCAGGAAAACCUGGACUCGACGGCCUAGAUGUGCCUCUCGAUCCUGAGCCAAGCUUCCCAUGCGUGAUUUGUCCAGCAGGACCUCCAGGAAACCGAGGACCUCAAGGAGAAACUGGCCGUCCAGGUGUUCCUGGUGAGCCUGGACACCCCGGUCUGCCUGGACGACCAGGAAAACCAGGACGCGUUGGUGAUGCAGGACCUCAGGGCGAACCUGGUGAACAGGGAGAACCCGGAAUUAAAGGGCCUCCUGGUGACGACUCUAUCGGAGGAACAGGAGUCAAAGGACCCCCAGGCCCUCCUGGUCCUCGUGGACCUAAAGGUCCGCCUGGAGCAAAUGGUAUGCCAUCUCAAAACCCUGGUCCAGCUGGGCCUCUGGGUGAAAUGGGACCUCCUGGUCCUCCUGGACCGCGCGGAGAACCCGGACCGCCUGGUCCAUUUGGACCUCCAGGAGAUGCAGGAGAACCUGGUGGUCACUGUCCGUCAUCUUGUGGAGUUCAAGAGAUCGUCGCUCCUUCUGUAUCGGAACUUGAUACCGGCGAGUACCCUCAACAAAACUACCCUCAAAGAGGAGGUCGUGGAGGUUACAGCGGAGGAUAUGGUGGAUAA